AUGAAGUCAAAAAAUGGUACCUUACUCUUACUUGCUGCUUUAUUGACUUUAUUUGCGGGUACUUUGGGUGUUGCAAGUCGAAGUCAACGUUUUCGCCAGAGACGUUCGGCUAGUUACACGCUAUAUGAUUAUUCUACUGAAAAUAAUGAGAUCAACGAGCUCUUUAAGAGAAGUGAUAGUGAAAGUUCUUAUCAAGAUUCCGCCUCAUCCCAUGAUUCGUUGACUCCAAUCGAAGAUACCGAUUCUGCGCCUAGCGAUCACGGCCGUACUUUCGCAUCAGGGAAUAAGAAAUUCCAUCGAAAGAUGUAUAAAUUUCAUGACAGAAAGAUGAAAUAUCAUAAUACGUUUGGUCAAGUGUGGGACAGGAAAGCUUACAAACAAGAGUCAGAAGAACACUAUAGUGAAUCAACUUCCAGCAAGAAGAAGAAAAGCAAACACAAAAAGCUCUACAAAGGCCUAUUAGAGAAGAACUUGCAACCAGGAGAAAAAACUGCAAAAGAAGAUGCAAUCAGAUAA